UCAUAACAUACCAAUUAUUUCGAUGUGGAAGGGAAGUCGAGGUCUCAGUUUGCUUACUUCAGUUACUAGCGGUUUUUUAGUGCGGAGGUCUUGCAUACUUUCAAAGUUUUGGACAAACAGAGAAUUCAACUCUUCAUCAAAAUGUUCAACACCUCAACUGCAAGUUGCCAGUCAACCUUUAGCAUCUACACAUCCUCAUUUGAUAAAAGCGGGCGAGUUGACUCCUGGAAUAACAGCAAAGGAGUACAGAGAUCGUAGAACACGUCUGAUGAGCCUCAUUGGACAGUCUCACAAUGGAAUGACCCAUCCUCACCAUGUUGUCAUUAUUCCGUCAUCAAUGACAAAUUACAUGAGCCAGGAUGUACCGUAUACAUUUAGGCAGAAUAGUGACUUUUUAUAUCUCACAGGAUGUCAAGAGUCGGAUUGUUUGCUUAUACUAGAAUCAAUUCCUGGUUGUUCAUUGCCAGAACACAGAGCAACUUUUUUUGUUCAGCCUCAAGACUCACGUUGGGAGACUUGGAAUGGUCCUCGGUGCUCAGUUCAAGGAGCUGUAAACAUCUUUGGAAUGGACGAAGGCCGAGAAGUCUGUGAUCUAUCGCUGUAUUUGCAAAGGUUUCUUUGGACUCCCCACUGUGUGUGGUAUGAUUACCUCAAUCCUGCAAAUGCUGAUUUUCAUACAACCAUCUCAACUAGUCUUAUCAACAGCAGUGAAUCGACUUUCAAAAGUGUUCGUCCAGUUGUUCCCGAGAUCCAUAAAUUGAGAGUCAUCAAGUCAGAAUCAGAAAUCCAAGUCAUAAGAAAGUCAGCAAAAAUUGCAGCAGAAUCAUUCCAAGAGGUUUUGCAAUACGGACAACCAGGUAUGACCGAGCUAGAAAUUGGUGCCAAAAUGGAGUACGAAUGCAAGAAACGAGGAGCAGAAAGAAUGGCAUACCCACCAGUAGUCGGAGCUGGAGAUCGAGCUACGAUUCUCCACUAUCUAGUCAAUUCUCACAUAGCGAAUGAUGGAGACCUUGUAUUAAUGGAUGCAGGGUGUGAGUAUCAUGGAUAUGCCAGUGACAUAACUAGAACGUGGCCAAUUAAUGGGAAAUUUACUGAAGCACAACGACAGCUGUAUGAUGUUGUUCAUCGUGUCCAAAGUGCAUGUAUCAGGCUUGUACGACCAGGAACUACUUUAAAUGAGAUUCACGAGGUGACUGAGACGUUGAUGACUGGUGAACUAGGAAAACUUGACCUUAUAAAGAAGAGUAUCUUUGCAAGUCGGGCCUUUGAUCAGAUGGUUCCACACCAUGUUGGACACUACUUAGGCCUGGACACUCAUGAUACACCAACAGUUACACGUGACACUCCCCUUCAGCCUGGAAUGGUGAUUACUAUUGAGCCUGGAGUCUACUGUCCUAAACACAUUGAUUGGAUCCCUAAAAAGUACAGAGGGAUUGGAAUCAGAAUUGAAGACGACGUUCUGGUGACACAGACUGGUUACGAAAUUUUAACAACUGAUAUUCCAACUGAUGCAAACCUAAUUGAAUCACUAGCUUCUACAUAGCUAUAUAUUUCAUUCUCUA